GCGCUUAAGUUGAACACGUGACUUAUUUUAUUUCCGGUUUACGGCCUCUUUUCCGGUCCAGUGAAACUGGCAGUAUGCCGUCUGGCGAAUACGACUCCAAGCCCAGCUGGGCCGACCAGGUGGAAGAAGAAGGCGAUGAAGGUACCCUACCAUCACCAAAGGAAAUCAUUAAAGGAAAUAUUAAGACAAUAAUUGAAUACAAGAUUGAUGAAGAUGGCAAGAAGUAUAAGAUUGUUCGCACGUUUAAAAUUGAAACUAGAAAGGCAUCCAAAGCUGUUGCCAGGAGAAAGAAUUGGAAGAAGUUUGGCCAGUCUGAAUUUGACCCCCCAGGUCCUAAUGUUGCCACAACCACAGUCAGUGAUGAUGUUCUGAUGACCUUCAUUUCAAGCAGAGAGGAUUUGAAUAACCAAGAGGAAGAAGACCCACUAAAUAAACUGAACAGGCAGAAGAUUGUUUCAUGCCGUAUCUGUAAGGGUGACCACUGGACCACACGCUGUCCAUACAAGGAUACACUGGGCCCAAUGCAGAAAGAAUUGGCUGAACAGCUCGGUCUGUCCACUGGGGAGAAGGAGAAGACCUCCGAACCUGAACCUGCUCAGCCAGCCCAGAGCAAGACUGGAAAGUAUGUACCACCUAGCCUCCGGGAUGGAGCAACUCGCAGAGGAGAGUCCAUGCAGCCCAAUCGCAGAGCCGAUGACAAUGCAACCAUCAGAGUCACCAACCUCUCCGAGGACACCCGUGAAACAGACUUGCAGGAACUGUUCCGGCCUUUUGGAUCCAUCUCUAGGAUUUACUUGGCGAAAGAUAAAAACACUGGCCAGUCAAAGGGUUUUGCUUUCAUCAGCUUCCAUCGCCGUGAAGAUGCAGCUAGAGCCAUUGCUGGGGUCUCGGGUUUUGGUUAUGAUCACUUGAUCCUCAAUGUUGAGUGGGCCAAGCCUUCCAAUAACUAGAAGCAAAAGCAUUCAUCCUAAGGACCAGUCGACCAAGGAGAAAAAAAAAAAAA